AUGGGGCUGCUGGAUAAACUGUCGGGCUGGCUGGGCCUGAGGAAGAAAGAGGUCAACGUUUUGUGUUUGGGCCUGGACAACAGUGGCAAAACCACUAUCAUCAACCAACUGAAGCCAACUAAUACGCAGGCACAAGAAAUAGUCCCAACAAUUGGCUUCAACAUUGAAAAGUUCAAGAGUUCAAGCCUGUCUUUCACAGUGUUUGACAUGUCUGGGCAGAGCAGAUACAGAAACCUGUGGGAGCAUUACUACAAAGAAAGCCAUGCCAUCAUAUUUGUCAUUGACAGUGGUGACAAACUGAGAAUGGUUGUUGCCAAAGAGGAGCUAGAUACUCUUCUCAACCAUGAAGAUAUCCGCAGCAAAAAGAUACCAGUAUUGUUUUUUGCUAACAAGAUGGAUCUGCGGGAUGCCAUGUCUUCUGUCAAGGUCUCACAGAUGUUGUGUUUGGAGAAUAUCAAAGACAAACCCUGGCACAUCUGUGCCAGCAAUGCUAUCCAGGGAGAGGGCCUACAGGAAGGGCUGGACUGGCUACAAGAUCGUAUCAAAACAAUGAACACAUGA